UGAGAUGGAUGGCUGUGACGCUGGCCGUGUUCCUGUCUACUGGAAACAGUUUGGACAUAGAUCAGAACCAACUUGCAACAAUUGUACAAGAAGUUCUGAAAAAGUAUACGAAACCCAACAAUGAUCAAAGAGAAUUACCCAUGUUCAGUCUGGCUGUAAGCAUCCCAAAGAGCGGGGACUCUUAUGAUGUCGCAGCAGGCCCUGACAAUGGUGUGGCAGUGAAGAAUGCUAUGUUGAAAUGUGAGGUUUACACUGGCACGAAGGUGGUAGGAGCCAUACAUCUGAAAUUAGAUGAUUUCACUCAGACACAUUGCCCUGAAAAAGUUGAUAAUAUAAAUGAACAUGCAGAGUACCGCACCCUACAGGGCCUCAAGGCUAUAAAAAACAAUGAUAACUUCAAGGAUUUGAUGCUAUUCUUUGUUUAUGCCGCUCCGUGUCCCCAAAAAUGUACUCAACCAGGUGACGGGGGUAUUCUCAAUAGCAUACAACAGAUUACAAAGUGGAAUAAUUAUGCUGUGGUGUUUAGUAAGCUUUUCAUCCCAAAAGUUGGUGAAAAACCAACUAAGUCGAUCCGAGAACAAUCUCUUCGUAACCUUACUUCCUCAGGCAAAAUCGGUCUUAAGAACAUUUUCCGUUGUGACUACAUAAGCGGUCGGAUGCAAUGUGUCAGCUGCUCGACUGAUGGUGGAGUUACACACUAUUGUGUUUCAGAUAAAGAGCCUAAACAAAGAAGCAGAGGGGAGAAGGAUGAAGACGGGUGGACAGUUGUUGGGAAAGGGUAAUCACAGAAGAGUUAGCGGGGGCAGAGGAGUUGGGGGUUCUGGAGGAUGAAUGUGACAGAAGUUUAAUUUGUGCAUUUCCCUAUAAUUGGUUUUCAAACGCUUGCAGCUUAUAUGACAUAAACUGCCACAACUCUAGAGAAAAACAUUUACACAUUUACUGUUCUCGAUGCAUUUGGGAAAAAAUGCAAUUUGCUUUAGAUUUAAGAGUCUGUCAAAUGAAUGCAACACAUAUGACCGACAGACCUUCACAAUAAAGGCGACCAGCAGCAUGAUAGAUUUAAACGACCAGUUGUCUUGAGUCUGACUCUGGCCUGGAAAUGCACAGUUUAUCCUUGUAUCCUCGCUCAGUGUGCUGAUGUACUUAGAUUGAGGUAUGCUCCUGAAAUCAGUCUAGCCUACAGGCCACUUAUCUUGUCAGCUUUUGUUGCUUCAUUUAAAUCCUCGCCUGCGUCUAUGAGACUGUUUUCAGAUAAUAUUCACAAAAAAAUAUAAAUUAAUAGCAUGAAUUGGUUGGGAACAACUUUGUCAAUAGUCCUCUAAUGUGUGAUUAAAUAUAAAUACAUUGAAUAGUUUGUUUUAAAUAAAAUAAAGAGGUUUGAUGUGAAUUAUACAAUAAAUAUCAUACACUGUCCUUCUGUAAAGAAAAGUCUCUGUUCUUUCUAAAUUAAAGCUUGGCUCAGCAUCCAC